AUGCAGACAGGAAGCAUCCCCCUGAUGUACUGGCUGCUGUUCCAGCUCCUGGUCUCGGAGCACGGUAUAACCUCCAGCAACAACAGCACAGCCCUCCCCACCACUGGAUCCAGUGUUACUUCCAGUGGCAACAGCACAGCCCUCACCACCACUGGAUCCGGUGUUACCCCCGGUGACAACAGCACAGCCCUCCCCACCACUGGAUCCGGUGUUACCCCCGGUGACAACAGCACAGCCCUCCCCACCACUGGAUCUGGUGUUACCUCCAGUGACAACAGCACAGCCCUCCCCACCACUAGAUCCAGCGUUACCCCCGGUGACAACAGCACAGCCCUCCCCACCACUGGAUCCGGUGUUACCCCCGGUGACAACAGCACAGCCCUCCCCACCACUGGAUCCGGUGCUACCCCCGGUGACAACAGCACAGCCCUCACCACUGGAUCCGGUGUUACCCCCGGUGACGACAGCACAGCCCUCCCCACCACUGGAUCCGGUGUUACCCCCGGUGACAACAGCACAGCCCUCUCCACCACUGGAUCCGGUGUUACCCCCGGUGACAACAGCACAGCCCUCACCACUGGAUCCGGUGUUACCUCCAGUGACAACAGCACAGCCCUCACCAGUGGAUCUGGUGCAACCAUGGGAGGCCCGGACAGCCCUCCCCCACCGGGAAGGCACACAACUUCCGGUGUGCUCAGCAUAAGUGCUGCCGCCUCCACGAGCAGCGUGGGGCCCGCUGGCUCCCUGAAGCCCUGGGAGAUCUUCCUCAUCACGCUGGGCUCGGUCGCGGUGGCCGGGGGGCUCUUGGCCGGGAUCUUCCUCUGCGCGAGAGACUCCCUGUGGCUGAGAGACGCCUUUGACGCCGCCGUCUACCGUCCCCAUGACCUCCCCGGGGGCCCGGGGCCCGGAGGCAGGGAGGGUGCCCUCUACAGGCCGAGGCGGAGGAGACAGGUGUCGGCCGCAGCCCUGGAGAUGAGAGGGCCCUACGCAGGGCCCUGA